UACCACUUCCACACUACCUCGAUACUAGGGAAGAAUAUUCUCCGCCAAACUUGUUGAUCACCUAGUUACCACGGUCCACGGGAAGGGUGUAGGAAAACUCUUCAUUCCAGCUAACCUUCCCACUCCGGGUGCUAAGGAGCUCACAGAUGACGACAAGUGUUUGCUUGUACCCGACUAUCUUCUAUACCACGAAGCGUCAGUUGCUAAUGAGUACAUCAUGUGUGGUAUCUAUAAUCAAUUGAAGAUCGACGGUUGGCUACUCUUCUACCCCCAAGAAAUCUUGUUUGACAAGGGUACUUUGGGUACUACCAUCGACUGGCACUUUGCAGAAGAUACUCCGCAUAACAACUAACAAGUGCGAAGGGACUAGAUUAUCGCCCCUCCCCGCUCUUCCAGGAGAUCGCGGCACAAUGCCAUCCUUGUCACCCUACAAACUGCAGUAUCUGCGUGCUCGUGCAUGAAUUCUAUGGCCAGGAAUGAAAGUACUGGAUAAAUCGGAUAUGCUCAAUUCUUGAUGAGGCAGGUCAAAAAGAUGCUUCAACGUAUGACUUUCGUCCAAUGUCAUCUCAACUUACCAACAUCUGGAAUCUUAUAGGUUGAAAGAUUUCUAACAGGUUGUCCAGCCAUGACUCUUUUUACACCGCAGAUAUGGCGUUACUGUCCUUCCUCUUUACUUUACCGUUUGUCCGAGGUGGUUGAUUUACUAGUUGCCAUCUACCAGGGUGCUAGUUAUAUACAUAGUGUUGGUUCAUUUCCAGCAUCUUGGAUUUGGUAAUUAGCUUGAAAACUUCGAUAGUUCCAUCGAGUGAUGUUUAGAUAUUCCAUGGGAAGUAUCGCCUUGGCUUAGUGCUUCCAGUACAACUUCCAAACCUGCAAAGUUAUCAACAUGCGUUUCAGAAUUGCCUUCUACAAGCUCGUCGCUCCCCUGCUGCUCACAGUGGCACUUUCAGCUACAAUCUCCCCGAGAGUUGAAGACCUUGCCAACACUAUUCCCGAUGGACACAUUUCUCACGUGGAAGCCUUCGGCCAUAAGGCUGUUCUCCACGCUCAACAGUAUGCAUCACACAGAAGUCCUACCAGUUGCGUCGAGGGAAAGGUGUUCAAUCGAGUUUUCAACAUCUGGUUUGAGAAUACUGAUUACGAGAUUGCUAUUGCAGACCCAAACUUCAAACACUUCUCAGAGAUGGGUAUUACAUUGACAAACUAUAACGCGGUAACACACCCAAGUGAGCCAAAUUACCUCGCAUCCUCCGCAGGUGAUUAUUUCGGUCUCGAUGGUGAUCCAUUUACUACUGUUCCUGCAAACGUUUCCGGUGUAGUCGAUCUCCUCGAAGACAAGGGAAUCACUUGGGCUCUGUACCAGGAAGAUAUGCCAUAUACUGGAUUCCAAGGUAUGGAGUGGCGCAACGAAGUCACCGGUGCCGAUGCAUAUGUUCGCAAGCACAACCCUGAAGUCCUCUUCAACAAUGUCGUUGACAAGCCCGAACGUCUUCAAUUGAUCAAGAACCAGACCUUGUUCCACCAAGAUGUUGCUGCAAACACACUACCCCAAUGGAUCUUCUUUACCCCCAACAUGACCUCUGACGCUCACGAUAGCUCCGUCACCGUCGCAGGAGAGUAUCUCUACAACCUCCUUAACCCCCUCCUUACCGAUCCUCACUUCAUGAACAACACUCUUGUCAUCAUUACCUUCGAUGAAAACGAGGUCUACUCCCGUCAAAACCGUGUUCUUACUAUCCUCCUUGGUGACGUCGUUCCAAAGCACCUCCACAACACCACCGACGACACUUACUACAACCAUUACUCUAAAAUCUCCACCAUCGAAGCUAACUGGGGACUCCACACUCUCGGCCGCUAUGACGUCGGCGCUAAUGUCUUCAAGUUCAUUGCCCAGAAGACCGGCGACAAGAUCCGCAGCUGGGCUCACGGUGUCCUGGAGACCCGCUACUUCAACCACAGUUAUCCUGGUUUCCUCGCCGCGACAGUUGGAUGGGCACCCCAGCCCGUUCCAAACACGAAGUUGGUGGUCAAUAAGCGAACCGUCUUGCCUGCCAUCAAGGAGUACUGGGGAGGACAGGAUGCGGAUUCCAAGUAUCAAGGACAGUUGGAGAUCCCUGAUGGAUACAACUACUAAAUCGCCAUAUCAAGGGGCUAGUUGUGUGGAGUAAGGGCGAAGGAUUUACUACUGGUAAAAAUCAACUUGUUGUAUCGUCUUAAACCUUUCUAAUCACACAUUUGAUUUUACUACUUGAUUUCGUUGAUUGAUUUUGCAAUUCUUUCGGUGCCGCGUAAGGGGGAAAUAGGUCGGAGUACAUUCUGGUUUGGAAACCCUUUUCGCGCUACAUAAGGAGGAUAAACAAAAGGUUGGAGUAAAGUUUGCUUAAGUUAUAUUUUUGAUAUUUUCACGGGGGCGUAUGGAGAACGGUGUAUAGGCCAGGCUGGGUAUAUGAUUUAUAGUAAUAGUCGAUCUGGGAAUUGGGUGGAGAGUAAGAGGUUCUUUAGGCUUUUAGGAUUUCUUUGAUUCGGCCACUGGAUUGGUGCCAAAAAAUGAGAAAA